CACAGACGCUUCAGACGAGCUGUUCUCUCACAGAUUAUAGUGAAAAAGAGGGAACAUGCCAUCUCAUAUUAUGCUCUCCUACCAGUGGGAUGACCAGGCUCUGGUGAAAAAGAUACACGACCGUCUCAAAGAUGAUGGUCUGCCAGUGUGGAUGGAUAUCGAAGGAGGGGUGACGGGGAACAUAAACGACUCGAUGGCUGCAGGUGUGGAGGAGGCUGUGGUGAUUUGUCCGUUCAUGACUCCAGCUUACCAGGCGUCCCGCAGCUGUAAGAAGGAGCUCAACUAUGCAGACACCAGGGAGGUCAUCAUCGUGCCCGCCAUGUUGACCAACAACUGGGAGGCAAGCGAGUGGCUGGGGCUGAUCACCGCAGGCCUGCUGUGGGUGGACUUCAGAAAUGCGCAGAAGGACGAGGAGCACUUUGAGAUGUGUCUCAGGUCUCUGGAGGAGGAGAUCAUGUUUAACGCUGGUCACCUCCUGGCAGUUGAAGAACCUCAGAGGGAGCAGGUGGAUCAGCCAGAACCGUCAAAACCACACCUGAAGAAGAAACCGGGACGAGGGUUUCGCCACGCUCUCUCAAAGCUCUACAUCCAUGAAUCAGGUGAGCAGAUAAUCCCCCCCACUGAAGACUCCAGAAACACAGUGGAGCUCAAUGAGACAGCUGGAGAUCAUUGUUACUGGGUGGAGAUUAAGGGCGACGGCUGUAAGUACUACAGGAACGUCGUCACCAACCGAUACCUGGGGUUUGACCCCAGCAGGAACCAGGUCCACUCUGAGGUCAGUCCGGCUGCGUCUGAAGAGUGGCUGAUGUUGGUGGAUCUGACGGACCAGAGCCACCAGAGAGCCGUCAUCAUGAAGAACAAACACUCGGGGAGGUUCCUGGCAGUCCACAAUGGCCACUUUAUUGGACUUACAUCGUACAAUGAAGACUGCAAAUGGUUUUUAGAAUAA